AUGAAGAAAUUUCUCGCGAGUAGGGGCGUUGAUCAGAUCAUGAUUCCCGCUGGCAAGACAGGUUAUCUUCAGACGCUGGACUUGGCCAUAAAUAAACCAUUCAAAGAUUAUCUGCGCUCGAACGUCAACGAUUUCAUCGAGCACCGUCUGCAGAGGAACAUGCGGGGUUUCGUGAAACCCCCUCUGAGUGAAGUUGUCUCGUGGGUCAGGAAAUCUCGGGGAACGAUUUCGAAUGAGUGUGUCGCGAAUGCUCUCCGCGCAGGCUAUCUCGAUAAAAGUCAUGCCUUUGAGGACAGUUACAUCGGGAAACACGAGCGUCUCGGCCCAAGGGAUCGCUCUGCGAUCGAAAGUCAGAGGCUUGAGGGGGUUCUUCAGGCUUUAGAUUUAGAUUGUGAACAAGACGUGACAGAAGAGGAUGAGAUUGUCGUAUUCGAUUGA